AUGUCAUCGACUGGUGCAAAUAUUGAUAAUCCAUUAGAACUUAUUCAAAAAACAUAUAAUUUACAAACAACAGCAACAGCAACAACAAAUAAUCAUGAAAAUAUCUCUCAAUCUCGUUCUUCAAUUGCCAAAGUUUCAACUCGUCAACCAUCUCGAAGAACAUCUGUUCAUGAUAUACAUGAAGUAACCAGAGAUGAUCUUAAUAAGAUAGUAGCUGAUAUUCAAGGAAAUUUAUCUCGUUUAAAAUUUUUAUUAGAAACAAUAGUAUCUGCUCCAUCAUGUCGAGAAGAAUUUUUUAAAUUAAAAGAUCAAUUAUUUACGAGAAUAUCAGAAUUUAUUUCGAAAUUAUCUACUGAAUCAACAAGAAGAGGAUCAAUAACAUCAAAAACCAAUUCAUCAAGUUUAAUAUCAUAUCAUCCUCAACAUCUUGUUUAUUGUAUUGAAUAUUUUCGUAGUGAAUUAGUUAAAUCGAAAUAUUUAUUUUCUUCAUUAACAUCAUCAUCAUCCAUUGGUACAGCUACAUUAAAUAGUACUCAAGUCAAACCUGUUAUUAAUGAUUUUAUUAUUGAUCAACCUACUGAAGAUAAUCAAGAUAUGCAAGCAACACCAGAUUUAAUUCAAAUAAAAAAAGAUAUAUCAACUUUAGAAGGAUAUGCACAUGAUUUAACUCAACGUUAUUAUAGUCAAAUACCUGAUUGGCAUACUUUAGAUGGAACAUCAAACGAAGCAGCAAAUAAAACUGAAGGAAUGACUAUAAAUCGUUUACGAUUAAUUCCAUUAAAUCCUAAACUUUCAACAACAUCUUCAUUAGCAUCAUUUGAUGAUUCGAAUAUAUGCAGUCGAAUUUAUCAAAAAUGUCAAAAUAUUUGUUGCCUCUGUACACCACAUUAUAUCUAA